AUGGACAAAAAAUCCGAUGCUUCCGAUUGGUAUUUUACAGGAAAAAUAAUUUUAAUGAAAGACAAUUUCCAAGAAAUCAAAAGAUCGAGAGUUGGUAGAGGAGGAACUGAUCUACUUAAAAAGAUAAAUGAAUACGAAGGCGAAAAUUGUUACAUACCUACAGAUGGUCACUGUUUUAUCAAAUGCGUCAAUCGUGUUUUGAACAAAGAUUUAACGUGUAAAUUUCAAGAAUACAUCAACGUGUUUUCAAAAGCAAAUACAAAAGGAGUGAUGACUUGUGCAAGAAUGAAGGAAUUCAACAAGAAAUUUAACACUUCGUUUCAAAUUUAUAAUCCCAAAAACAGACAUUUUCAUCCCAGAGACGUUCACGAUGAAUUAGAUUGGGUUUUUUACUUACACAACUCGCAUUUCUGUCUGAUUAGAAGAAGCCAAAAAAGUUUGGGAAUUCAAGAAAUAGAAGACAAUUACGAACAGGUGUGGAAAACGUGUAGAGACGAUAACGCAGUAACACAGGUUUCACCCCUCAAACUAAACGUGCUUUCAAGUAUGAGUGAUGAUGCGUUAUUCGCUUGGGAUUGCGAAACGUAUUCAGAAAAAAACAGUCGAAGAGCAAUUCCUUAUGCCUGCACUUUAAUUAAUUUAGAAAAACUAAGAAAAAAGUUAGAAACGAUAAAAAAUAUCUUUCCAAAUAUAAAUCCUACUGAUAAUGUUCCAGAAGAAUUUUAUGAUAAACUAAUGAAUGUAGUAGAACUAUUUAUUAAUUAUUUACAACAUAUUAAUUUCACGUGUUCCUAUCAACACGAAUCCUCUAGUUUGGCUGCAUGGGGAAAUUCUUCCAAUCUCCCCGCGAAUUUGAGAAAGAUUGCCGACGUAGAUAUCGCUAAAUACACGCAAGACAACUGGGAGGAAUUGAGACACGAAUGGGAACCUUACGCCAAGAGAGACACUCUCUGUUUGGGAGCUUGUUUGAUAAAAUACAACCAAGUCACGAAAGAAGUUGUAAACCAGAAUAUGUCCAAUAAUCUAACGGCUCCAUCUUUAUAUUUAAAGGGUUGGUAUUAUUUAUAUCAUUACGACAAAGAAAUGGUGGAAGAAGAAUGGUAUGAAACUACUAGAAUGGUUGCGAAACAUACCGAAAAAGAAAAUAUAGAAAAAGUUUAUUCGCACACUAAUCCUUUUAUAAGAAAUUUUAUCAGACGAUCUAUUAAAGGAGGAAGAGUUUCGGCAAAUAGAAAAUCAUUUGAAACGAACAAAAUGGAUGAAAUUUGUAACGUAUUAAAGGAAUAUAUUUCACAAACAGAAAGUAAUAACAUAAUUGAUUUAUUUAAAGAAUACAGCGCAAGCACAAAAGACAAAACGGAGGUUCAUUCGAGACUUAAAAAAAUAGAAUGUACUAAACUAAUGGCAUUUGAUGCUAACGGUUUAUACGCUUCCGCCAUGUCGGAUUUAGACAGUGAAUAUCCGAGAGCGGAAAGUGGAAGACCGUUCCUACCAGAAGAAGAAAAAGAAUUUGUAAAACUCUUCAAUAGACAAAAAUUCAGACCUAGAACAGCUAUUUUAACAGUGUGGUUUGACUAUCCCAAAAACAUGUUCUUCCAACCGAUACCAGCUAAAGAUAAAAUCACUUUCACGAAUAAAGGAGGUAAAAAGGAAACUGGUACUAAAAUCAGGUUCAGAAAUGGUUUCUGUCACGACGUUUUAACAUCGGUCGAUAUUCAAGAAAUAGUGAAAGCCGGUGGAAGAAUUAUUAGAAUAUUAGAUGGUAUAGUUUACGAAGAAAAUUUUAAAACUCCACCCUAUAGAGAUUAUAUUUUAAUUUUGAGAGAUCUAAGAAAUAAAUAUAAACGAGAAGAAAUUGAAGAAAAAGAGAUUACUACCGAAGAUAGUAAAUCUACACGACUAACACCUAGUCAUUUAGGAUCAUUCGUUUUAUCUCACAGUAAAAAAAUAAUGAACAAUUUCAUUCACGUCAUAAAUGGAUUUUAUAAACCCGAAAUAUACUAUACCGACACCCAUAGUUUGUACAUUUCAUCCAACAAUUGGAAAAAACUAAACAGAGCUGGUUUGGUCUCCGAAAAAGACUAUUGCAAAGGUAAAAACGAUUACGGUGACGGUGGAAUUAUAUUUGGUUUAUAUUUAGCACCAAAAGUCAAAUACAACAUCGUUUUGACUUCUGAUGGUCUUUUAAAAGAAAAGAAAACGUUUAAAGGUUAUUCUAAUGAUAAGAUAAGUGUAGAAGAUUAUGUUCAGUUAGCAAGCGGACAUGAUGUGUCGAACGAAUUUAAUAAACCAUGGGAAAAAAGUUUCACCAAUGGAGUAGUUAUUCCAAACGAUAAACAAACUAAAGUUUUUAGAAGUUAUUUGAAUAAUGUUAAAAUAAAACCACCAAAUAGUGAAGGAAUUAUGUAUCCUUACAACAACAAAGAUGAGUAUAGUUUUAAUGAAAACUAUGAAUUUGAUGAUUUCGAUUAUCUUACUAUUCAAGAAGAGAAUGAAGAUUGUUUUAAAUGA